AUGGCGGAGUCAGACUCGACAGAGGCCAAUGCCAAGCCUCAGGCGAACCUCAACGUCCUCGGCGUCUUUUGGAUCGUGUUUGCCCUCUCCUGGACCAUGAUCGUCGCAGGCGGCAUGCUCUUUCUGUGGCGUCGUCGCGACAUGCCCAUAUUGAGGAUUCGAGGCCUACCGCUAUCUUUCCUCGCUAUCACAUUGCUCCAUCUCUACUGGGGCGCCGUCCAGACCGGGUAUGUCUGGUUCCCUCUCGCUGCACCCGAGGUCGAGUACUGGAUCAUGAGCAUCUACCUUCCCUGCGGUAUAGCUCUAUUCCACGCCUCCAACAGCCGAUUUCUCUAUGUCGCCAAGGCCCAGAAGGAACUCUUCGCUUCAGACUCUGCCUCGAUCAAGACCAAGCCUGCCAAGUCCAAGUUCUUGUUCUGCCGCUUUCGAUCUCUCAACUACACCAGAAAGAUUCUCGUGCUUGUGGGAGCGGGCAUGAUCUUUCAGCUCUUGCUUACAAUCUUCAUGUACCUUAUUUCGAGAAAGUUCCAUCCUCUCUUUGGCAUCCCGGGCACCGAGGUUACAGGAACGGAAGACGUUCAGAAGUCUAAAAUGCGCAGAGGCUGGGAAUGGUGGCCAUCUGUCUUUUGGCAGUUCUUCUGGGCAUGGAUAGUCGCUCCCUACAUUCUCUGGCAAGCUCGUGGAAUCAAUGAUACCCAGGGAUGGAGGACCCAAACUAUUGCUUGCUGCCUUUCGAGUCUUCAUGCUACCCCUCUGUGGCUUAUUGCCUUAUAUGUCCCUCCUAUGUCUGCCGUCGAUAACUUCUGGAUUCCUCCUCAAUGGAUUGCCCUCUCGAUCAUGAUGCUCGAGAUCUUCACCAUCUUCCUUCCCUGUUGGGAGGUCUUCAGAUACCUGGCUCUGCGCCGAGAGGCCCUCGAGUCAAUCGCUCAAUGGCAACUCAAUAGGAAUGUCGGUAAGGCCUCAAGGUCAAUUACCACAGCCUCCACAUCGGCGGCUGGCUCAUUUUUGACCGCGUGGUCGAAGGAUGGCUCCACUACGAGCGGCUCCACCGCGAGCGGCUCCACCACGAGCGGCUCUGGCGUGAGUAUCCUCACCAUGGAGGCUCUCGAGUAUAUCCUUGAGCGCAACCCUGGGCCUCUUCAGCAAUUCUCUGCCCUCAGGGAUUUCUCUGGAGAGAACAUCGCCUUCCUAAGAGCCGUUGCUGAGUGGAAGUCUUCGCUUCCUCCGGCAGUUCUCGACCCAAAGAAACUUAAGGAUAACGACGACGUCCAGGAACUUGUCCGCGAACGAUUCAACAGCGCUCUCCGAAUCUACAUCGACUUCAUCAGCUCUCGGGAUGCCAAAUUCCAAAUCAAUCUUUCCUCUCAAGACCUCAAGAGGCUUGAGUGUAUUUUCGAGUCGUCCGCCCGCGUUCUCUAUGGCGACAAGCACGAGGUUAAUCCGGCUACGCCCUUUGACUCCUUUCCUAUGACUAGUGUCAGGCGGCCUUCUGCGUCAUCUCACGGUUCUGAGACUGGUAUCAUAACCGGGUCGAUUAAUGACACGGAAGUCAUCAGAGACAAGACCCUAUACUGGGGUGAUAUCCCCGACGGCUUUGAUGUCACUGUCUUCCAUGACGCUGAAGCAAGCAUCAAAUACCUUGUCUUUACUAACACUUGGCCGAAGUUUGUUAAAGAUCAACAAUAUCAUCGUUCGUAA